UGGUUGAUGCCUUCAAUGAAAGAGUCGCCACAAUGAACAGGAAUGACCCUAUGGCUAUUCGGGCUGUCAAUGACCAGCUGACAUUAUUGGAGAAAGCGUUCUUGAACAAUAAUGGCUUACCAGGCAGGCCCUAUAAAAAACACCUCCUCCUGGCUGAGAGCAGCACAGACUCCUACGCCAGUAGUAGUUUCCCUGGCCUGGUUGACCUGCUGUUUGAGAUAGAGAAGGCCCCGGAUGUGGAUGCACGCUGGGAACGUGUCAAGAGACAUUUCUCCGUCAUUCUGUUCACCAUCGACUCGGCGGCGUCAACUCUACGGGAUGUCAUACGAUUCAUUCCAGAAAAUGAAUAACUUCCUUUCUUUUGUUCUUUUUUAUAUUGGAUUUUUAAUGCAAUUUAUAGUAAUAUUCGCUUAACGAUAGAAAUAAGGUCAGCAUUUUAUACUUUUGAAAGUCGUUGUUGCCAGUUCCGCUCUACAUGGUUAUUCUGGUUUUCUGGGUUGACGUUUUACCCUAUUACAACAUUGUUACCCAGAUAACACUAUUAUUCUUGGAUUUCCAAUGUUGGCCCAAUGAAGCGAAAACUUUUAGUUUGAAAUAUUUAAAAAUCCAAGAUGUACUGUAGCUUGCCUCCAACUUUCGGCGAUAAUUGAGGAUAAUUUAAUCCAGAAUAUUAUGUUCCGGAGGAACAUUUACUAUAAUAAUUUCUUUACAGGUGCCAGGUAUUCCUUGUCUGAUGGUGUGACAGUUUGAUACAGAGCAUGUACAUGUAGCCAUACUCAUGAUUAUUUUCACAAUCCAUUAUUAUAUAUAAGCAUUUUCUUUUUGUAGAAAUAUUUUGCAAUGUUAUUUUCUAUAUACUUAUAGAAUCCGUUCAGCACAAGUAUUUACCUAUUAACCAUAGUGUUCUAUGUUCGGUGCACCCUUUGUUUAUAAUUUAGUUCUUUUGGUUGUGUUGUAUGAACCUAUAUAAUCUGCGUAGCCAUCAAGCAGCAAUGUACAGCUGACACGUAACAUCAUGAACACUGUCCCUAGAUGUACCCUUAUGAUAAACAGAAGUGUAUUCAGCUCAAAUAAUUCUUAAUGAUUAACCAGAUUCAGUUGUAUUUAUGUACGAUCGUUGAUGGGUAGUUGAGUGAUGAGGUUACAGAAUUUCUACACUUUCAUUUGCCCUUGGUAAUAAAGAUGUAUUUGUCGAUAAGGUAAAA